AUGCCGGACCUACGGGCGGUGGCGGUGAAGGAGAUGCGGCAGCCGACGUCGAAGAGGAACCAGAAGAACUAUGUGCACGAGAUCGAGACCUUGUGCCAGCUGCGCCACAAGAACCUCUUGUCACUCAUCGGUUGGUGCGACGACAAUGGUCGGCUGUUGCUUGUCUAUGAGCUCGAACCCAACGGUAGCCUCAGCGACCAUCUCCACGUCAGCGGCGACGGUGGGGGGACAUUGACAUGGCCACAGAGGUACAAUAUCCUUCUCGGCGUCGCAACCGCCAUCGACUACCUCCACAAUGGCGCCUACGACUCGGCCAGGAGGUACGUGCUACACCGGGAUAUCAAGCCUAGCAACGUGAUGCUCGGAGAGGGCUUCGAGGCCAAGCUCGGUGACUUUGGGCUCGUGCGGCAAGUCAGCUGCCACGAUGGCGUAUGUACUCCUUGUACCACCGUGAUUGGGAGCAUGGACUACAUGGACCCCAGGUACAUCGAGACCGGCACGCUGAGCCCAGCCUCUGAUAUAUAUAGCUUUGGGUUGGUUCUGCUGGAGGUAGCCACCGGUGUCAGACCAGUCGUCCCAGGAAGGGCAUCGAACCGAAACAACCUCAUCGCCGCCGUUAGGGAGUCUUAUAGCAGGGACGCCAUCCUUGAGAUGCUAGAUGAGCGGAUGAGAGGGGAUUUGGAGCAGUGGCGGUGGCAGAUGGAGCGUGUCAUGUCAACCGGCCUGAUGUGUGUCGAGCAAGAGCGUGAAAAGCGGCCAUCCAUCAAAGAUGUCAUCAACUUGCUCUCCAAGCAUGAGCAAUCUCUGAUAUCCGUUUGGGACAUGAAAGAUUCUUCAAUGAGGACGAAGGAUCGAUGUCGUUCCAUACUAGCUAGCAAGGUUGGCUUUGCAAAUGCAAGGGCAUCAUCUUUAGCGUAUUGA